AUUGUCUGGGAUUCCACAUUUGAUAUCCCAUCGAUUAGAUUUAAGGGUGUCGCUUAUUUAUUUAGUGAUAACAUUGAAUUCAAAACAAGUACAAUGCUUACAACUUAAUCUUACGUUUAAAUUGUAAAAUAAGCAGAGGAUUAAAUAUUACGAAGGAGGAAGUAUUUUGUGGACUGCGUAAAUUACGCAGUAUUAUACAGCAUUUGGUCAAAUAAGUAUGCAAAUGUUAAAACAUUAAAAUAUUUAACAUUGAUGACAUACAAAUCAUGGGAAACAAUGGAAGUUUUGCGAGUGUUCCCAAAGCAGGGAACAAUACCCGCACUUAUAAACGAGAAAGUAGCAUGUUCGAACAUGAUAGAGCUGAUGAUCUUUUAAACCAAUUUGAAGAGAAAAUAACCUUUUGGAAAACGGAAAUCGUUAAAGCAAGAGGAAACAUUGAUUCCAAUUCUGCGGAGGAGAUAAAGUGGUAUUUUUACACACAAAUGAAGGUUGCGGCUGAAGUUUUAUUAAAACAGAUUCCACAAGAUUUUUUACAAAGAUAUGAAACCUCCGAACAAGCCAAAGAACAAAAGAAAAACAGCUGUCAGUCUACAGAAUAUUAUCGACAGCCAACGUUAAAAAGCAAAACAAGCACUGAAGCUGCGUGCGUUCGUAUUGCACAGAAAACAGUUAUUGACAACAAUGCCUCCACAGUGUCCAUGACUAUAGAAAAAGAGUCGACAGAACCGUAUACCAAGAUACACCAACAAAUGUGUGACUUCAGGGAGCGAUUGGAGCUGGAGAAAGAUGAAACAAUUCGGUUACUCGCAGCAAAUGAUCAACUAAAGACCGAACUUAAGCAGUUUAAAGCUGAAAAUGAGGAACUGUUAACAAGAUUGAGUAAGAUUGCAGGAGAUAGGCUGACGAAAGACAAUCCCAACAUUACAGAUCUUAACGAUUCGGACAGACCUUUGAAACUUGGUGAAAAGUACAGUGAACUUUAUGACAAUGAGUGGACCAAUGCGUUUGAAUGUUUGACCGAGGUUGGCUACACUGAGGAGGAAUCGAUUGAGACACUGCACCUCACGUUAUUGAACGCGUUUGAAUUUUGCGAGAAGAAAGCCAGUCAGAUACUUAAGCAAACAGAUGAUGCUGUCAACCUCCUGUUUGAUGAAUACCGGAAGUCUGCAGUGUUCAAGGACAUUCCUGUACAUCUGACGAUUUCCCGUAAACAGCUUGCCAAGUUUGCAAAAUAUUGCAAAGAACAGUCGACUAUAGAAGACAUGCAGCUUCAAAAACGAUGGGAACCUAAGAGGAGAAAAAGUUACGCUGAUGAAACCGAACAAAAAAAUGAAAUUGAAGUGGCAUCAAGACACGUAAAAGUUGAAGAACAGAUGACGAAAGUCAGAAAAGAAGUUUCACGGUCAAUAUUACCAAUCGUGCAAAGAGCUUACAUGGAGGCGAGCUGGCGGAAGCACUGUUUACAUGGCCUCAAACCUUUCGUUAUGCAGUGUCUUUACAUCGGUUGGAUGAUGGUCGUUCAAAGUCCACCUAUGAGUUUUAAAACAGCUUUGCGGGGCGACAAGUUUGAUUCAAAUGUUUUCAAACAAUACACCUGUACAGGAUCAAUAGUGGAUUUUGUUGUCUGGCCUGCGCUGUUGUUGCAUGAAUGCGGACCUGUAGUUGAAAAAGGCGUGGCCCAGCCGCAAAAGCCGAACUAAUCAAGUGCCAUCCUUGCAUCAACUACACAAUUUCACAAACUACUUGUUUUUAUAAUACACACUGCAAUACAUAUUAUUGAAGCAGAGGAACAAUGUCAUUUUUAGAAAAAUGUUUCGUAAACAACAAGUAAAACAGAUAUGAACAAAAUGAUUUAAAACUGUUUAACCAUAGUUAUUUAUAUAUAUUUAAGCAUUUAACUAAGUGAAGCGCACUAGGUCUAUUUAACAUAAGUUAUUUAAAUGUGAAAUUGUUAAAAGUCAGUUGUCAGAUUUUUGAUAAGCACAUGUAUAUAGAUAGUGACUGGGGUUCUUUAAAACUACACUCAAUGUCAAUGAAUGAAAUUGCGCUCACACUAAAUAAAACACAUUAAAAGUGUGGAUACCGUGGAAGCGCCCAAACAAUAAAGAACUGUUAAACGUCA